CCAAAGAAGAAGGCUCAGAAGAAGAACGUCGCUAGACAUUCAGAUGAAAGAGCCAUGGCGGCCACGGGUGGAGGGAAAAUUAGAACCCGGAGAUAUCAUAUCGCCUCCAAACCUUACGCCAAAAGUAAACAGCAACAGUCAGGCCUCAUCAGUCGAGUGACAGACACAGUAAAGAGCAUCGUCCCUUCCUGGCUGCAGAAGUACUUCAAAAAUGGAGAUGCUACUGAAGGAGAGGUUGUACAGAGUACAAAUCAGAACUGCCAGCCACCUCCUCCUGAUGACAGUGAAGAAGGACCUCCUCGGCUCGAUGGCCGUGACUCCCCGGAGCCUAGCACCAGUAACGCAGCUUCUGCAUCACAUAUAGAACCUUCAACUAGCAGAGCAUCCUUGAACUUUCAGGAAUAUGUUCUGCCCCGACCCCCUCUCAGCCGCACUCACCUAAACUUUCCCCCACUGGAUACACCCUCUUCUACCCAUCGGACCUCCAGCACGGUCUUUUCACAGCCUUCCACCUCCUCAGCCCCUGGCCCUUUCUCAACAGGCUUCUCCUUGGUCAAGGAAAUCAAGGACAACCUCUCGCAGCAUGAAGAUGAUAAUAUCUCCACCACAAGCGGUUUCUCUUCUCGCGCCUCUGACAAAGAUGUCCCCACUUCCAAAGCCACAUCAGUUCCCCAACUUUGGUCACCAGAGAUGGAGAGAACAAAUUCAGGGCCUCAGCCUGCCCAGUCCAGUUUGAAAAAACCUGCUUUCAACUUGUCUGUCUUUGGGACUUCUUCUAAUUCAUCAUUAAACAGUUCAGUACUGAACUCCAGCCAGCUUGGGGAUUCACCCUUCUAUCCUGGGAAGACCACAUAUGGUGGAGCUGCUGCAGUCAGGACCUCUCGCAAGCAUGCCGGAACACCUUACAAGGCUCCUGUAAAAAGACAGAUCAAGGCCAGGUCCACUGGUGCUCAGUCAUGUGGUGUGACCAGCGCAUCUGCCAGGCGCAUUCUGCAGUCCUUGGAACGAAUGUCAAGCCCUCUGGCUGAUGCCAGACGAAUCCCAGCUAUAGAUUCAUCCCCACUCUCAGCAUCACUGGAUGACUCAAAUUUGGAGCCUUCACAUUUCCAGUCAAAAAAGAAACGGCUGGAUUCAGCCCUCCCGCCUGUACAGAAACUCAUGACCCCUGCAGCAGCAGCUGUUUCUCGACACCGCUUAGUGUCUUUUAAGGCGUCUCUGACCCCUGGAGGAGCUGGUCGAUCACUGGACUGGGUCCAACGUGAUACGCCCACAAGACGAUCUCCACAAAUACCUGAAGCAACCCCAGGUCCUUCACAAAGCACAAUUAGGUCCAGUGGUCCACUUUAUCCCUUCUCCAGUACGCCUGCACCCAGUAGUGCAAGUUCUGGAGGAGGCAAAAUGAAGAAAGAGAAGAACAGUACCCGGCUCACCACCAAACGUCCUGAAGACGAAGAGGUGGCAGAAGUACCAGCCCUACCAACCAUUUCACUUCCCCUCAGUACAUCAAGCUUGCCAGUCUUCAGUUUCUCCACCCCCCUGCCACCUCGCACCACCUCCAUCACUACAUCCAAUGUCACACCUGUGACUCCUGCUGUAGAAACCGUCACAGAGAAGGAACCACCCACUGCCUCAACACCCCCACAUGAUGUACCUUUUGUUUUCUCCUCUCCUAUUGUUAAAGCUACCACUGCUAGCCCACCAUCACUUUCUCCAUCAGCUGGAUUUACCUUUAGUGAUCCUGUAGCAAAGUUGGGUCCUUCUGUGUCAAGUGGGAAGGUGUCCACUCCCAAAGUGGCUGCAACAAAGUCAUCCACAAGCAAAAGCACAGAAGAGUUCGAAGGCCCCUUUAAACCAGCCAAAGUCCUGAAGCAGGGUAGUGUGUUGGAUCUUCUCAAAUCACCUGGUUUCACCUCUCCUGCUGCUCAGAGUUCCACCUGCUCAGAUGUCGCUCCUCAGCAGACCUCCACACAGUCCACUGUCCCCUCGUCCGUCUCUACAUCCUCUUCCUCUCUUUCUUCUUCAGUGGGUUUUGGCACUUUGUUCAAGACUCCAGCAGGCUCAUGGAAUUGUGAGGUUUGCUUGGUGCAGAACAAACCAUCAGACUCCAAGUGUGCUUGCUGUCAGACCCCCCAGCCCAGCUCCUUUUCAUCCAAAUCAACAGACAGUACCACCAACUCAGUGGGGCUACAGAGCAGCAGUAGCGCCACCGCUACAACCACAACUGGUUUUGGCUCACUGUUUUCAAAACCAUCAGGAACCUGGGAGUGUGAUACAUGUCUCGUUCAAAAUAAACUUGAUGCUGUUAAGUGUGUGGCCUGUGACAUAGCCAAGCCUGGGAUGGGGCUUAAGCCCUCUCUGACUCUGCCUUCUACCUUCUCAGCUGUUAAAACUGUAUCUACUCCUACAGCCCCAGUUUCUACAGGGUUCCUUGGAUUUGGAGACAAGCUUAAAAAAUCACAGGAUUCAGGGGACUGUCAAAUAUAUCCAGUAGAGAACAAGCUGAAGGACACAAAUGCCUUGGCCGUCAAUGAUGCGCAACCAGUUGGACCUGCUGAAGACUCAUCAUCCAGCAGUGCUCCAGUGUUUGGGUUCGGGGACAAGUUAAAGAAGCCAGAGGGUGCCUGGGAAUGUGCCACCUGUCUUCUACAGAACAAGGCAGCCGAUGAACAGUGUGUUGCCUGCCAGGGAGCCAAACCAGAAGCUCAUGUUGAGCCUAAAGCUUUUGGAUCAUUUGCUUUGGGGACAUCAGAUGCAUCCACAUCUUCUACCUCUGGAGGUUUUAAGUUUGGCACAACAGACAGUCCUGCAGGGUUCAAGUUUGGGGGUUCCUUUACAGAGACCUCCUCAUCAUCAUCAGGGGACUUCAAAUUUGGAGUCUCAUCAGAAACCAAUUCUAAAGACUCUGUCUCAUCAGGGUUCAAAUUCAACAGCUCAACUGGGGGCUUUAAAUUUGGAGUUGCUUCUAAUAAUAAUGACAAAAAGCUGGAGCAACCGGUCACAGGUUCUGGGUUUCAGUUUGGAACCAGUAGUGGGACAGUGUUUGGAAUCGGUUCAUCUAACACAGAGAAUGGCACCUCUAAGGUCGGCUUCUCUUGUGGAGUAUCUAAACCUGAUGAGAAACCGGCAGAGGCCUCCACCACCUCAGCCUCUGGUGCUUUCACGCUCUCUGCCUCCUCUCAAGAAACGCAUGAUAGUGUGUCAUUAUCAAAAGAAAACACAACAACAGUCACCAACACCACCAUGAACACAGCUGUCAGCACCAGGUCUCUGUUUGAGAGGCUGACUGAGCCCACCUUGAACCCUCCCGCACUCCCAGGAGCUGCUACGUUUGGAUCCCUGUCAGCAGAAAAGGAGCCCACUGCUCCUGUGUUUAGCUUUGGAAAUCCAGAGGAAAAGAAGGACACAGCUGCACCUCCGAGUCAGCCUGCGUUCCUCUUCAGUGCUGCGAGCAAAGACACUGCAGCCACAUCAGCACCAGCUCCAUUAGGAGGCUUCUUCAGCAAAACCGUUGCUCCCACAGAUCAACCCCGACCCACGUUCCCCACUGGAAAACCAGUGGACAAGAAUGAAACUGCUACAUCUGAGGCUCCUAAGCCCUCCUUCACUUUCAGCCAAAGUGCGACAGAUUCUGCUGUUGCUCCAAAACCACCAUUUUCCUUUUUGGUUAGUAAUCCUGCUACUACUUCCACCACGUCAUCAUCAUCAUCAUCAUCAUCCAUGACAACUUCCAAGGUGUUUGGCGGCAGCAGUAGCAGCAUCUCCACUCAAGCUCCAACUCCAGCUGCUACCGGGACUUUUAUUUUUGGCCCGCCUGCUACGGCACCCAUCGACACGGCCCCGGCUCAGACAGUUGCGUUUGGUCAGAGCCAAGACAGCCAGCCAGCUGCUCCUCCAGCUGCUGCAGUCAACUCUGCGUCGUCACAGCUCUUUGUCUUUGGUGCAUCUGCAAACGCUGCUCCCUCCUUCAAUUUUGGUGCAGCUGCGCCCCCUGCUGUCCCAUCUUCAGCUUCGUCUGCUGCUCCCUCUAUGUUUGCAUUCAACUCAGCUCCUUCUGGUGGUUUUGGAAGCUCUCAGACUCCCUCCUUUGGCUCAGCCUUUGGCUCUCCAUUCACACCCAUGUCUUCCCAGACACAAUCCUUUGGUGCCAAACCCAAAUCUGCCCCUGUGUUUGGACAGCAGGCGAACUCCGCGCCUGUGUUUGGGGCAGCAAAUAACGCCACGUCAGGUGGCUUUCAGUUUGGGGGAGCCGGUGCAUUUGGAGCGUCAAACAGCAACCCCGGUGUGUUCACGUUUGGUGCGGGAGCAGCAGCACCUCCCGCCCCCUCCAAUAACUCCUCUAUAGCACCCCAGGCGGGGGCACCUUUAGGGGGUUUUAACUUCACAAAGCCAAUGUUCAAUAUUGGGACUCUUAAAUCCACCACUGCGCCUGCUACUGCACAGCUUUCUGGGCGCAAGAUCAAGACAGCCGUGCGACGUCGAAAGUAGAGCCUUGGUUGGCCACGACUAGAAAGCAGACUUGACUCUUGACUCCGAAUCUCCACCACAGGCCAAACACAGUCCUGCAGUUAACAAACCUGAAAUUACUUGGCAUGUGAUGCGGCUGCAUUGUGCUCCUUAAUGGACAUGUGGGUGGGUCUUAACAGUAAGCUGAUCGGAUGUUCUUGCAGGCUUUUCAUGUGUAGGUCAAAGAAGAUAAUUGAAGUCAUCCCACAGGAAGUGAUGUGAACAAAAACGCAAGGGGGAAAAAAAACAAAACUCUUGACUGAACAAUGACGUUGACCCCAACAACAAUCAAGGAUCUCGGCUCAACAGGAAUAGCAAGUGACACCGUCAUAUCUAUAUUUUCAGCACCGGCAAAUGUCUGCUCAACACUAGGCAUGACUUCUUUUUUCUUUUUUUUGUAAUAAAAUUACAAGGCAAAAAUCGCAUAUAUAAAGAGUUGCGAGUGUACACAAAUUUUAUUAGUAUGGGUGAUCAGGUUAUUAGCUGUGAAAAGCUGA